AUGAGCUGGCUUUCUGGCAAGAGAGCUGUGAACCUGAGGAGGAUGCUGGCAAUGAAGAUGCUCUGUGAGCUGCCACCUGUGCUGCAGUGGGACUGCAUUGAAAGUGGCCUGCUGAAGGUGCCACUGAACCUGCAAGCUCUGGCCUGGAAGCACACUGUGGCUGAGCCUAAGAAGGCUGCCAGGCUGGCACUGAAGAAGCUGCAGAAGAACCUGUCCAAAAAGGCCAGAAAGGUUCUAGCUGCAAGCUGGAGAAAGCACCUUCAGGACAAGCUGAAGGGCCAAAGCCUGUCACAAGCUGUGGCAGCUGUGGUGCCGGUUGCUGGAGGUGGAAAGCCUGCCAAGGGAAAGAACUCUGUCAAGAUUGGAGAGGGCAAAGCUGUGAAAAAGCAAAAGCUGAAAAGCAAGCAAAAGAUGGCUGAUGCCAAAGCUGUCAAGAAGUUGCUGGGCAAGUCUGAAGAAUCCAAAGCUGAAGCUGUGGCAGAGAAGCCUGCCCCAGAGCAACCAGAAGAAUCUGACCCUGUCCUGGCCAAGGCUGCUAAGAAAGAGCAAGGCAUUCUGUUUGGCAAGGCUGUGAAACUUUUCAAAGAAGGUAGCAACUGUGGCUGUUCUGGAACUGCCACAGCACACAACUCUGUCCUUGGCACUGUUCAGAUUUCCUGUCUGGGACCUGCACUGGCAACUGUGGUGGUCAAAGCUGAUGAGGUUGCUGAAGUGGAUCCUGCCUGGAAGAAGCCUUUGAAAUUGAAGAAUAUGAAGCUGGGCCAAGCUGCAGACUAUUCUGAAACCCUGUGGAUUUCUGCAGAGGUGCUGAGAUGGCAUUUCUCACAGGGUGGUACUGCUGCUGACAUCCUGAAAGCACAGAGGAUUGAGCUGUUGGAUCCAAAUCUGACUGGAACCUUGCUGCUGGAUGUGGCUCCUGACUUUGUGGCUACUCCUGAAACUGUGGCUGCUGCGGUGGAGAAGUGCAAAGCUUCUGCUAGUACACAGAUUUGCCCAACCUAUGCAGAGCAUCACUGGGUUCUGUUGGUCCUUCUGAUGCCUUCUGGGACUGUGCCAGAAGCUGCUGUGUUACUUUGA